AUGUCGCACGUUGAAGGAAAGGCCCCAGGGCAAUCUACCGCCGUGCGCAAGGCAAUUGGCAACAUCCCGUCAUACGCCCCGAACCAAUCCCUUUAUGUCACCAAUCUCCCCUCCUCGAAAAUCCAAAAGUCGGACCUGCGCAUCUCCCUUUACAUGCUCUUCUCUACGUACGGUCCUGUCCUCGAUGUGGUAGCUCUGAAGACCAUGAAGAUGCGUGGCCAGGCGCAUGUUGUCUACCGAGAUGUACAGACUGCGACUCAGGCUAUGAGGGCUUUGCAAGGGUUCGAGCUGUUCGGAAGACAAAUGCAAAUCCAAUACGCCAAGUCGAAGUCAGAUGUCAUUGCAAAGUUGGAUGGUACAUUUCGUAUGCCUUCUGCGGCUGCAGGAGAGGUCACUUCUACAGAACUACAAAGAAGCGUAUUUGAUGGUCCGCCAGCUGGUUCGAGCGCACCAGUCACCGGAGGAGCUUUGAAGCCACCACCGGCUGCUCAAGGUGUGGAUCAAACAAUGGAGGAUGCUAGAAGCCCGACGACAAGUGUGGCUGGCCAAAAGAGAAGACGGGAUGAGGACAGCGAGCCAGAGGAAGACAGUGACGGGGAUGUCGCUAUGGACGAGGACAGUGGCGAUGACGACUAG